UUGCGCUCUCCCUUGAUCAUGUCUUGUUGCCGUUUUGACAUGCAAGAGUCGUGACCUUCUCAUCUUCAAUCAUGAAGCUCAUACAAUCCCUAACUGGGCACCGUCGAGCAUUGGUUCGAGUUCUUGGGCUCCGUACUUUUGCUGCUUCGACGGAAGAAUACGCGAAGAGAAAUUAUGCAAACAACAUUUCAGAGUAUAACACCGUUGUGGGUUCUCUAACUGCUCAACGAAGGCAUUUCUUGCUGAGAGAUGUCUACGAUGAUAUGAUGCUCGAUGGAGUACAGCCAACUAGAGAUACCUUUCACUCGCUGAUCAUUGGCACUAUGAAGGGAGCUCGCUUACAGGAUGCUUUCUACUUCAGAGAAGAAAUGAAGGCAAUGGGUUUGUUACCUGAUGUUUCUUUAUACAACUUCUUGAUCUCAACAUGUGGAAAAUGCAACAACUCUGACCCUGCAGUACAUAUUUUGGAAGAAAUGAAGACAAACGAGGUCAAACCAAAUGGGCAAACCUAUAUCUGUCUGCUCAAUGCGUGUGCUGCAACUGGCCGAUUGGAUCGAGUGUAUGCAAUUGUCCGAGAUAUGACUGCAGCUGGUCUUGGUUUAAACAAGUUUUGCUAUGCUGGACUUAUAGCCGCACAUAGAAACAAGACACCCACAACGGAUGACACUACUGCAAAAAUUAUUGAGUUUGUUGAACAGUCGAAGGGCUGGUCUUCAGUCGAUGCUUCCAGCGAUAGUGCCGAAAAUGUGAUGAUGGGUGUCCCUGAGGAAGAACUAUAUAAUCUCCCAACAGCAGAAUUUGUGCAUAGACGUUCAUUUCUAAAUAGACAGCUGACAGUUUAUCAUGUUGCAUUUCAUGCUUGUGCAGAGCUUAAGAGUCUAGAGACAUUGGAAACACUUUUGGAGAUGCUCAACAAGGAUGGUAAAACUGCUGAUGUAUUUAUAGUGAUGCAAACUAUGAGGUGUUAUUUACAUUCUGGAGACAUUGAUCGUGGGCUAAAAUGUUUUGAGGACUACAUGAGUUCAGGGAAGCCGCCAAUGGUUGAACUAUAUGUGACACUUGUAGAAGGAGCAAUGGUUGGGCAUACACCUAGGGGGAUGCAACUAGCUAAGGACACCCUGGCAAACAUGUCUUCCAGAAAUUUCUUUUUGAAUGCAAAGAUGGGUAAUGAACUGCUCCUUGCAGCAUCAGGUGAAAAGACUGGUGGAUAUGAAACUGCUAAUUACAUUUGGGACCUGAUGCAAACCCGUAAAAUAAAUCCUUCCUUUCCUGCUGUGGAAGCCUAUUAUAAGGGUUUAACGGCACGAUUGGUACCUGCGGAUGACCCACGGCUCUCAUUGGUUUCUAAGAUAUAUGACAAUAUGCGUUCCAGACCUGGACCAGCCAGAUUCUCUUAGUUGGAAGGAUGUUGAUUUGAAAUCUUGCGUGUGAUAAUGACAUUUUGUUCUAGAUUAUCAAUGUUCAAAAGAGUAGCUUUUCCAUAAAUUAGGGUUGCACGUGUCAGAAUCUUUACUGUUCUGCACUAGCAUGAAUCCCUUGAAUUGUAAGAUCUUUCCUCCCAUCUCCUCACUCCCAAAUUUUAGGUUUAGGCAUAGCUAGUGAUACAUUCCUAAGUGAUCCUUGUAAUGUUCUUUAUGGAUGAAAUAGGGUUGCUUCUUUAAAUGAAGUAGCAAACCCUACUGGAUUUCCUUUUAAUAGCCAAGCCAGAAUCCAUAAUGAUCUGUAGUACAGGAUAAGAUUGCCCAA